AUGUCAUCAACUGCUAGAUCUGCUGAUUCAACUUCAUCAUCAUUGGCAUCAUCAAUAUCUGCCUCAACUACACCACCUUCAUCAUCUCCAUCAACUCCACCAAUAAGACAUAAUAGUAGUAGUAUAAGAGAUAGGGUCACGGCAACAUCAUCAGCAUCAAAAGUACAUUCAAACCAAGAUGACAACAACAACAUAGACACAACAACAACAAAUUCGUCGACGACGACGACAACGACAACAACAGAUACACAUCAUAAUUCAGUGCUAAGUAAAGAGCUGGUGUUUAUAAUCUGCGUUGCAGGCAUAUAUGUAUUCUAUUUACUUUAUGGCUUCUGCCAAGAGAAACUGAGUAUUGUUAGAUAUAAUCCAGAUGAUAAGGAGAAGUUGGGAAAUUAUACAGCAUUCUUGUUGGCGCUGCAGAGUUUGGUGAACUACUUGUCGGCAAAGACUAUACAGUUGGUGAGCAAGGAACGCGUUGACAUGACUCCAGCCAUCCAAUACAUUUACACAUCGGUGCUUAUAGUGGCAUCGACCUUCCUGUCGAACAAGUCGAUCUCGUACAUCAGCUACCCCACGCAGGUGUUGGCCAAGUCGUGCAAGCCGAUCCCCGUCCUCGUGAUGGGCAUGCUCUUCUACAAGAAGCGUUAUCCACUCUCCAAGAUACUUAUUGUCGUCACCAUCUCUGUUGGUGUCGCACUGUUCAUGCUGCCCUCCUCCUCCUCGUCAUCAAAGAAGCACACAGCCAUUGACUUGGACUCUGAUCUAUACUUCUACGGACAACUACUACUCAUUGCAUCACUGCUCGUCGAUGGACUAAUCGGACCACAACAAGAGAGCUAUGUUCAUCAGUACAAGCCAUCAUCAAACAGCAUGAUGCUCAACACUAACUUCUGGAACACUAUCUUCAUGUUCUUAGUGUCUGUUGUCAAUGGAGAUAUAUUGCCAGCAUUAUCAUUCAUGAUGCGCUAUCCAGAGUCAUUGGUGUUGGUGUUCUUUUAUUGUAUCACCAGUGCAUUGGGACAGCAUUUCAUAUUCUUGACGACCAAUCGCUUUGGUGCACUGUCCUGCACGACCAUCACCACCACCAGGAAGUUCUUCUCGAUCCUUGCGUCAAUCUUCUGGUUUGGACACUACAUCUCUCCAUUACAAUGGGGAUGCAUCAUUCUGGUCUUUGCAGGCCUAUCCAUCGACAUUGUUCUAUCCAACAGUGGAUCAUCCAAGAGGAAGAAGGAGGCCUAG